AUGAGUGAAAGAAAAAUGAUAUACUCAGAAACUUUAAUAGAUUCUUCGGUUUAUAAAACCGGUUUAAAAAACCGGUUUAAAAAACCGGUUUAUAAAACCACCUUUUUUGCUAAACUUAUGCCUAUUGUUGUCAGGAGUCAUCAAAUAUCCCAUAAACACUCAAUAGAGAUACCUUGGACAAGCAACCAAAUAUCCACAGUUCUAAAAGUACUGACAAAAUGUAGAUUAGAUGAGAACCAUAAAAUAUUAUUAGACAUUAGUACAAAACAAUUUAAACAAUUAGUUAAUUCAGUUAAUAAAACUGAAGAACAAAUAUUAGAAUAUUUAGAUUUUGAAUUUAAGAAUAGAUUAUUUUUGCAGCUACCAAUCACUAGCUUGCCAAUUCCGCCAAGUGAAUUAAAUUCACAAAGACUAAAAAUACAAAAUAGAUUUAACAUUAAACAUAAAGAUAUACCCAAAUCUAUUAAACAAGGAUCUGUUAGUGAGAAUACAUUAUCAAAAUCACUUAGUGCAGACCAAUUUAAAACAUGCUUGACACAAAACCAAAGCAAUAUAACACAAACACCAAGUAGAAACCCUCGUAAAAGAUGUAGUAAUGAUCUCAACUCUAUUACUGAACAAUCCCCUAUUAAAAGAUUAAACAAUGAAAAUGAAUCAUUUAAUGAUUCAAGUAACCUAACAUUUAUAGACAAGAUUUUAGAAACCAUUAAUGAAAAACCUAAAAUAACUUUUGCUAAUAUAGUUAAAAAAAAUAUAUCAAAAAAUAAUGAUAUAAUAAACUAUAAAGAUAAAUUUAAAAAUAAAUUUAAACAAAAUUUUAAAAAUAAAAAUAAUUUUAAAUUUAAAAAUACAAUUAGCAAACAAGAUAAUUCCUUAACCACGCUAAAGGAAAAAAAAUUACUAAAAGAUAUGUCAUUUGAAGAAAGAUAUAAAACAUUUGAAAACACAAAAGGUCCUCUUUUCCGUUUUGAAAUAACCAAAAAAACACCUCUAGUAGAAGCUAACAUAUUCUUAGAAAACAAAUUAAAAGACUUAAAUAAAAUUUGGUUAAAAGAUAAAAUAGAUGAGAAAGAAUCCAUGAAAACAUGGCAAAAAGCUAAUAAGAUCUUGAGAACAAUACAUAAAGUAUUAAAAAGCUAUCAUUACCAAAAAAUAGAUUUAGAAGGACUAAGAGUAGAAAACCAAAUAAGAAUAAAAAGGUCAAUAAAUAAGACUAAUAGGUUUAUAGAACAAACUUCAGCUUUAGUAAAAGUAACAAAAUCUUCAUAUGACAAAAAAACUAAAAAUGCUGCUAAUGCAAAAUUGAGAAAAAUAGUGAAUACAAACAAAAAAAAGUUUCACAAUGUAGAACAAAUAUUGAAAUUUAAUAACGAUAAAAUUUCAAUACUUAAAAAAAGACUAACAACCGUAGUUAAUAGCUAUAACAAAUUUAAAAUUCGCAAAAGAUUCCAAAUAAAACCUUCAUUAAAAAGUAUAAUUGAUCAGGAACCUAAAAAAUAUCCUAUUAGUAACGAUACAAUUACAACAUACUUAGAAGGAUUAUUUAGUUAUGAGAAACCCACUGAACAAAAAUUAAUAGGUGAAUGGAUAGAAUCAACUAAAUUUGAAAAACAAAACAUAAUUGAUGAACUUUUCGAUGAGGUACUUUUUGACGAAAUUUUAAAAUAUUCAAGACCAUUUAAAGCUGCAGGUCUAAACUCUGUUUAUGUUGUAAUUUUUAAAAAACUUAAAAGCGCUAAAAAUUUUUUGAUCUCCUGGAUAAAAGGUGUAUUAGACAAUAGAAUACCACUAACAAAAACAGAUAUCACAGGAAAAUGUUUUAGCAUUUUUAAAUCAGGUGAUCAAAAUAAACCUGAAAAUUACAGAUUUAUAAAUAUAUUAAAUUCACAUUAUAAACUUUUAACAAAGUAUAUAAAUAAUUUAAUAUCGUCUCAUCUAUAUAAAAUACUACCAUUAGAACAAUUUGCUAAUAAAGCAGGUAGAGAUGGUUUACUAGAUGCAACAUUAAUAAACAGAGUUCUACAAAAAGCAACCUUUGAAAACUCUACUCAAGUAAAACAAUCUUGGAUAGACUUUUCAAAAGCCUUUGAUUCUAUUAACCAUGAAAGUCUUAAACUAAUUUUAAAACAUCUCAAUUUUGAUGAUAGACUAAUAAAAUUAUUAACAGAUAGUAUGAAAUACUAUAGUUUAAGUUUAGGAAAUAGUUUUAAUGAUAAAAAUAAUACUAAAAAUAAUGUAAAAACUAAAAAAUUACAAACUAUAAAACUACAAAAAGGUAUAUUCCAAGGAGAUUCAGUUGCACCCACCCUCUUCUGUAUGACAUUAAUACCACUUUCAUAUCAUCUAAAUAAAAAAACUAAGAUAGAAUUAACUAAUAACCUUAAAUUAAACCAUAUCCUUUUUUAUGAUGAUAUAAAAUUGUUUGCUUCUGAUAUUAACACAUUAACAGAAAUCACUAACUUAGUAGAAACUUACGGUUUAGAAGUUGGUCUAAAAACCAACAAAAAGAAAUGUGCAUACACAACUGAUGAUCCUAUACCUAUUGAUAUAAAUAACCCUAGCAUACUUUUAGAUUAUACUGAACUAAAAACUACAUAUAAACAUUUAGGAAUACUAGAAAACCAAUUUGGUGCAGAUACUAGAGAAAAUUUAGAUAAGCUUAAAGAAGUCAUAGAUAAAGCUUUAGACAUAACUUUAUCAUCACCAUUAUCAGUAGGAGAAAUGGUGAAAUGUAUCAAUACAUGUAUUACACCUAAAAUUUUAUAUUGUUUUUCCCAUAUAGGUGAUGAAAAUAUCCGUAGAAAAGUUGCAACGCAAUUUGAUUGCCUUAUAAGAGCUAAAUUUAACAAUCAUAAAAUAAAAUUAACCUCACUAACAAAUUCAAGAUUAUAUUUAUCUAGAGAUAAUCUUGGACUUGGUCUAAAAAACAUGGAACUAGAAUUAGAUAAGAUAAACUUAAAAAAUUAUAUCCAUAUUCAUUUUACAAAAUUGUUCCAAGACCUUAAAAAUAGAUUCACUACAAUGCACGAGCAAUUUAAAUAUUUAGCACAAAAAUAUCAAUUAGAUAUAAUUUUAAAUGAUUCCUCGAUCCAAAUAAAUAAUGAGGAUAUCUAUAAUGAAAAAACAGCUAAAUAUAGAAUUACUCACUAUCUUGAUAAAUUUAGUGAAAUUUACUGGCUUAAUCACUAUAAAAAAACACGACAAUUCCCCAUCACAUACAUUGAGAAAGAAUUAAUUACUCCAUGGAGUGCUAGUACUGAUUUCAAACCUAAUCAGUUUAAAAAAAUAGUGAUAUUCCAGGAAAAUCUACACCCAGCUCUUAACAAUGCCACAAAUCCUGAUAAAAAUAGUAGAUGCGUAUUAGUAGAUAAUGAUAACAAACGAUGUAAUCGUUUUGAUAACAUUAAUCACAUUUUAUCUGACUGUCCCAACAAUAACCCAAAUAAAAUUAUCCGUCAUGAUAAAACAUUAUAUGAGCUAGUUAACUUAAUCUCAAUAUCUAAAGCUCGUAAAUUUUUAGAUUUUAGUGAUCUUAAGAAAACGCAUAUUUUUAAAGAUAUAAAAUUAGAAGUUGAUCAACCCCAUAAAAUACUCACCACACUACAUCAUAAUCGCCCUGAUCUAAUCAUUCAUACUCCUAACAUAAUUUUUGUUUGUGAUAUAACUAUUUGCAACAUCUCGAAUCUUGAUGAUGCUGCAACAUUAAAAAGACAACGUUAUGACUUAGAUGGUACAAAAGAAUUAACAAAACCGAUACCCCACAAUCAAGAAAUCGGUCAUGCUAACAAACCAAAUUUUUGUAAACAUCUACGUAAUUCCCAAGAAAAACCAGUUUGUUUUAUACCACUAUGCUUUGCUAACUUUGGUGAAAUAAAUAAAAAAAACAAAAAUAACUGGUAUACAAUAUUCGAAGCUCUAAAUAUGGAUUGCAAAAAAAGCCUUGAAAAAAUAUCACGUCGUGUAGCUUUAGAAAGUGAAUUCAUGGCUUUCAAAUAUGUUAACUAUAAACAAAAAACAUCCCAACAAACAAUCACUUUAGACGCCCAACCUUCUCCACAAACACAAGAAGAUAAAAGACAAGUAAUGGAUGUCGAUAUGUCUACAGAAACAUAA